ACUGGCGAACAGAGGCCGAGAGCGGCUGAGGGAAGAGUCGGAGGGGCAGCCUCAUCGCUCCGAGGCGGCUCGGCCCCGGCCUGAGGCUGUCGGCUGCUGGGCUCCCCACACCAUGUUCUCAGUCCUCUCCUAUGGCAGACUGGUAGCCCGGGCAGUCCUGGGUGGCCUUUCUCAAACAGACACUCGAGAUUACAGCCUGGUGACGGCAAGCUGUGGCUUUGGCAAGGACUUCCGCAAGGGCAUUUUGAAGAAAGGCAUGUGCUACGGGGAUGAUGCCUGCUUCGUGGCUCGGCACCGAUCUGCAGAUGUAUUAGGGGUUGCAGAUGGUGUUGGUGGCUGGCGAGACUAUGGGGUUGACCCUUCUCAGUUCUCAGGGACUCUUAUGCGCACUUGCGAACGCUUGGUAAAGGAAGGACGGUUUAUACCAAGCAAUCCUAUUGGGAUUCUCACCACAAGCUAUGGUGAGCUGCUGCAGAACAAAGUACCUUUGCUUGGGAGCAGCACAGCUUGCAUUGUAGUUCUGGAUCGGACAAGUCAUCGUUUACACACCGCGAACUUGGGGGACUCAGGCUUUUUAGUAGUCAGAGGUGGAGAAGUAGUCCACCGAUCUGAUGAACAACAGCACUACUUCAACACUCCGUUCCAGCUGUCAAUAGCGCCGCCCGAAGCUGAAGGGGUCGUCUUCAGUGACAGCCCAGAUGCUGCAGACAGUACUAUCUUUGAUGUCCAGCUGGGAGAUAUCAUUCUGACAGCCACAGACGGGCUUUUUGACAACAUGCCUGACUACAUGAUUCUUCAAGAGCUUAAGAAGAUAAAGAAUUCAAACUAUGAAAGCAUACAACAGACAGCAAGGAGUAUUGCUGAGCAAGCUCAUGAACUGGCAUAUGACCCAAAUUACAUGUCUCCCUUUGCACAAUUUGCUUGUGACAAUGGAUUGAAUGUAAGAGGUGGAAAGCCAGAUGACAUCACCGUCCUCCUUUCUAUAGUAGCUGAAUAUACAGACUGACUGGCUGAAAGCAUCAGCUUUUGAUGACUGACUUGCGUGUUUCCUACCGUUCCCAGCUUCACACAUACUGUUUCCUGCUGGCAGGAUGCCUUGCUCUGCAGUUGAUCUCUGUGGCUAUUAUGCGUUACUUCCAUUGCCUGUUUUAAGAUGCAGCCAAGGUCUCUGUCAGGAACCACUACUGGAGUACACUGGGGUACAUCUGCCAGCAAGAAAUGAAGAAUUUCAAUACUUGAAGCUUGUCUUUUCAAAGUUUUAGUAGUAAUUAUUGCGUGCGGGGGGAGAGUGGGAUAAUCAUGGUUAUGGCUCUCCAGAAAGUGAGCAGUAAAUACGUAGAAUUGGCUAAUCAUAAUUCAGAACUGGAUGUGCAAUUUAAAACUGAGAGAACCUCCAUGAGGACACAACUAUAUUGCUAGAAAAAGCCCAUUUUUCAUCUGAGAGGUCACAAAGCACCCUGUAACUAGCAUAGUUAGUUAAAAUGAUUGUUGAGACUUGUGUUGAUAGGAAUUCUCUACAGGCUUCCAAGCACAAUGAGCCUCGUGCUGUAUAUGGUGAUAUAUAUAGCCCAGGAGCUUUGUCUGUUACUAAAUUUGAAACACAAACUAGUUUGUGAAACAUGUUGUGCAUGUAUGAGAGUGUGUGUAAAGGUGCCUAACUGUUAUGCAGAUGGAAAUUCGGCAUAUCAAUUUAUUUGCAAGGAGCUGGAUUUUUCUUCUAUAAAACUUUCUAAAAAUAUUUCAGUUGUAAUAAAGUCUGAAGGAGCCGGGAUGUUGAGAGUUUGGGAUGGCCUGCUACCUGAUUCUGCUUUAUAUGCUGUGGGUAGCUUGGAAUGAUGGAUACGUUUAAGUGGAUAGUCCUCCGCGCUGAAUCUUCUCUUUUGGGUUUGAGGAAUUCUCUGGUGUUCCAAAGUAUACACCUCUGCUUGUGCUCCCACAACAAUUGUAAUUGCACCCAUGCAAAACGCAUUUUAGUAGCUGAUGUACAGGAUUUCCAGAAUGAACUUUAAUGAUGUUUACAGGUACCUAAUAGCCAUUUUGCAAUAUAGCAUUUCCUUUCAUUUACACUCAGUCCAAUUUCUUCUUCAGUAGCUGCAAUCUCUUCCCUCUUUUUUUAAGCUCAUGUAAAAACCAAUAGCUGUAAAAUAUAUAUAUUUUGGUCAGUUUUUCAUAACUUUUUUGCUGGUAGAAAAGUACUUAGAAAUGAAAAGCCAUGUUUUAUAUAGCAGUCGGGUAAUGUUAAUGUUUAGAUGAUGAGCUUGGCCAGUAAAGCAAUCUUACCUUUUUAAAAAAAUAUGAAAAGGGUUUUUUACUGCCAGGUUUGUUGUGUUAAAACUGUAAGUUUGAGGUUACCUCAGCCUGUUUUAAAUAUUUUUUGUGGUUGUACUGUAUAUUUGCAUAAUUAUGUCAAGCUUUUAUUUAUAAUUAUGUAACAUGUACCAUGUACAUGUCACUAUUUCAGUGCAUCAUGCUUCUAACAGGCAUUUCAUUUACCAUGAGAAUGGGCAGAAUCAUUUGGAAGCUGUUUAAUCUACCUUUUGUAAAAUUGGCAUCAUGAUUUUUCUUAAAACACCUAAUUUUUUUUUGUCAGAAUGCCUUAACCACUUAACUUGACAAAAUGAUUUUUUUUUGCAUGGAUACAGGGUGGAAUAAAAUGAAAUAAAAUCAUAGUGCUAUAAUUCAGAAAUGUGGCAAAUGAUAACUUUGCACAAACCAUUUCAAUUCCUCAUACUCCUUUAGCUGAACAAGUUAUAACUAUGUAUCUUCAAUUAGAAGGAAUGUAUUGAUGCUGCAGUUCCACACUACUUUUCUGCUUUGCCAGAGAAGCAGUUGCCCCUUUAAUUUGGACUUCUUUGCAUUUUAAAUCACCAGUAUGCUGUUGUUUGUUCGCACAAGCACAGAUUAGUUACUGACUGACUCCAUCUCCAUGCCUCUCCUUUCGGCCUUGGCCUAUCCUGACUUGGUGCCUCCUUAGAGCAAGGACAGUUCCCCUGCUUCAGAAUAUCUCUUCCUGCCUUUCUGCAACUUCAAAGGAUAACCCAUCAGUUAAACAAAUGUGGAAAAGAAUGUGCUUCUCUCAUGUUCAGGUGGUCAUGGCACGGAGCCCUUUUGCCACUGUUCAGGGAGCUUGGAUCUUGUUCUGAUUAACUGAACUAUAACAUCUGUUGAGAUUUGAUUGUUGGCCUUGCUUUGCUUAGAUCAGGUUUUAGUCAAGCAGUAUGUAUAAAGCCAUUUGUCUCUUCCCACAUUUUUUAUGAUGAUCAAACUGAGAUUUUAAACUUGCAGACUCUUAAGUCUCCCCUCCCGCCCACCCCCCUUCCAGACACCAAAGACCAGUACAGUUUAUAGCUUUUUGCCAUCUGUUUUUAAAGCAAUACUGUAUUAUAAAGAAUUAACAUUUCUAUUACAUGCUUGUCUUUUUCCCAUUUUAAGAUGUACACUCAAACAUAUCUGAACCUAAUUUAAGCUGUCUGCGCACAGAUAUUUUUUACGAAAGGAAAAGGCAGGACUCGUGUAAUUUUUAAAAUAACCUUUACCAAUCAAAGCAGUAGCGUGUUUCCCAGGAACUUCAUUAGUGUUAUGGUUUGGCAAAGAGAAGACAUUCCAUUUUGUGUUUUCUUAAAUUGGGAAUGCAUGGGUGCUGAGAUUUUACCUGCAGAAUUGCUUCAUAAAAAAUCUGGAAGAAAAGACUUUGCCUAGCAUUAACCUGCUUCACUCAGUAAUGCUAUAGCAACUGAAGGACUUGGACUUGCCUUCUGGGGAUGCCUGCAAUUGUGUUACUAAGUAUGUAGAUAUGAAGGGCUAGGCUAAUGUGAAAUACCCAUGUUAAUGAAGGAGAUGGUCCAUGGCUUCUCAUAAAGAUUUGCUAUUUUACAACAAAUGGCAGUGAAAGCCUGAAAAUUGGGACCAGAUUGGAUAUGGUCAAACCUGUCCAUAAUGAAAGCAAGCAAAGAUGAAGAUACUGUGACUGGAAUUGCUGUUUGUGUAAUGGGUUGCUUUUCCAUGGGAAGCUACACUAAUUGUAGACAUGGACUUCUUUAUUUUAUCUGACAAAGAUUGCUGAUAUAACAAGGAUGCUUUUUUCUUGUUAAAUGAGACUAUCAUUACCUGUGCUUACCUAAAAGGCAAUUAUGUGAAUUGGAUGUCUGAAGUAUAUAAUUUGUGCAAGAAUUAGUAUCUGUAAAUACAUUUAAAUGAACUGUAAAGAUAUUUAAUAAAUAUAGUAUUUAUACAGAA